AUGAUCGGUGUCACUAACGCCAAUGAACAACAAGCCCUUAACAGAGCGCAAGAGGUCCGGCAAUUUGAAGACUCCAACCUCGCAGUCAAAGGCCUCCUCGACUCGGGCCUCUCCACCCUCCCUCCCAUGUUCAUCCACCCGCCCGACCUUCUAUCCAGCCUCAAGCAUGUUGUUGGGCUCAAGACCGAUUCAAUCCCCAUCAUUGAUCUCUCCGGCUCCAACUUCGACCGACGACCCUCAAUCAUCGAGGAAGUUGCACGUGCUGCUCAUGAGUUUGGCUUCUUCCAGAUAGUCAAUCAUGGCGUGCCCACGAAGGUCCUGAGUCAAACGAUCGUGGCAGUGAAAGCGUUCCAUGAGCAGCCAGCGGAGGUGAAGGCUAGGAUCUAUCGAAGGGAAUCUAAGACCGGGGUCGCCUUCUUCACCUCCAGCGUGGACUUGCUUCACUCCAACACGUUUUGCUAG